AUGAAUGUCUCUACAAGUUUGAGAGUGCGCCUGCCGGUGCUCGUGCUGGUGUUGGAGGUUGUCAUCAUGGUUCUGUAUUUUCUCUUCGUCACCUAUGAUGACAAUAGCAAUGCGAAGCUGCAGAACAAUGAGACCAACCCAAUGGAGAACUCUCUGUAUCGCGACUAUCCCUUCUUUGCCGACGUGCAGGUGAUGAUCUUCAUAGGUUUUGGUUGCCUACUCGCCUUUUUCCGAUUCUACGGCUUCAGUGGAAUGGUCUUCAACUUUCUAACAGCUACAUUUUCCAUCCAGUGGGCCAUCCUGAUUCAAGGUUUCUUCCAGUUUUAUUACAAUGGUCAAAUUCACCUGGGGGUGAUCAACCUGCUGAAUGCCGAGUUUGCCUGUGCUGUGGUGCUCAUCUCGUUUGGAGCUGUGCUCGGAAAGACCAGUCCUGUUCAGCUCCUGGUUAUGGCAUUGCUGGAGAUCCCUGUCUUUGCUGUGACAGAGUGGGCUGUAUUGAAAUACAUUAGAAUCAAUGAUGCAGGAGGCUCUAUUCUUAUUCACUUGUUUGCCUGCUACUUUGGUCUUGGAGUGACAUUUGUUCUGUUCCGCCCGAGCCUGAAUAAUGGACAUCCUAAAGAGACAACCAGUUAUCAUUCUGAUAUCCUAUCUGUCAUGGGAACCCUGUUCCUUUGGGUGUUCUGGCCAUCAUUCAACUCUGCUCUGACCUUAAAGGGUGAUGAUCAACACAGAGCAGUUCUCCACACUUUUAUAGGUCUGACCUCAUCCACGAUGACGGCUUUUGCCCUCUCUGCAGUGUUUAACAAGAGAGGAAAGCUCACAAUGGCUGACAUUCAGAAUGUGACUUUGGCAGGUGGUGUGACUGUUGGUGCUUCUGUAGACAUGAUGAUUUCUCCUGCCGCUGCAUACGCCCUGGGCAUCAUGGGCUGUACUGCCUGUUUUCUUGGCUACAGAUACCUGACUCCCUUUUUAGCCCAACAUUUGAGGAUCCAAGACCAGUGUGGAAUUCACAAUCUCCAUGGGAUCACUGGCCUGAUAUCAUCCACAGCAGCAAUCUGUGCUAUCCUCUUAGCCAAUGAGGAAACAUACGGGCCCAGCAUGUACCAGAUCUUCUCCCAUCGUGCUCCACCUGCAGGAGAUCCAAAGCUGCUGGAGCUGCAGAGGUUGAUUCCCGGACUGAAGCCGGGCUUGGGUCGUACUGCACAGGAACAAGCUCUCUACCAGGUUGCAGCUAUUUUCUCUACCAUAGCAGUUGCUGCAGUGGGUGGGCUGCUCACCGGCUUGGUCCUGAAGUUGCCCUGCAUGGCGUCCCCAGCUGACGAGGACUGUUUCGAUGAUGAGCUUUUCUUUGACAUGCCAUCAGACUUUGAGAGCGUAUUCAACAAGAUCCCAGUAAACUGUGAUGAAAAAGGGCUGCCUAUGGAUACAAUGAACCGCAAAGUCAAUUAG